AUGAACCCUAAAGAUUUCUUUGAGAUUACACAUUACUCAUUAUAGGAAAUUUAGUAAAUUCCCCCUUUCAAAAACAAUCUAAGCACAUUCAAUAAAUAAACCUAUACUGUCUCAUCUGCUCAGACAGGCAAAUCUCAUUCUUUAAGCAAGCUCAUCAAUGAACCUAUUUAUUUUAUAAAUGAUGGUCAUCUGUAUUUGGUGGGUCGAAAAGAAAUUUAGCAAGGCAAAACCUACGUUGGAUAUUCAGUCCAAUAUUUGACGCUAAUUAAAUACAAAGGUCUAUAUGAAAUGGAUUCCAUAACAAUUGAAACAAACCUAGAGUCCUUAAAAAAGAAUAAAACAUAUCGCUAAUUAUCUUCGUCUUAUUUUGAGAGAGUAAAAGAUGGAUAGGAAUUACUUAUCUUCAAUGAAAGCAAAUUAGAAGAAUAGGAUGAAUACUCCUUAAGUUAUCUACUAAGUUAUAAGAUUCAAAAUUCAGCAUAACUAGUUCAAGAAUAGGUACGCUUGGAGAAAAAAUAACAACAUACUUUCAAAGCAUUUCAACCUUUUGAGUCUCAUUAUUCAAUGGUUAGUGAGAAUUUUCCGGAAGUAUUUUUAGAGUAUUAAUGCUUAAAUGUGUCAUCGUAGCCUCUGGAGAUGAAGAAUAUUGAAUUUAAAGUCGAAAACAUCAUGUCCAUUCAGAAAUUGAAAGACUACUAAUUACCAAUUGUAUUGGCUUAGGAUGAAUGUGUGAAAAUCAUAUAUCGUAUUAUCAUUGAAACAUCAGAUCUAAAGGCUAUCUAUACUGUAUUGACUCAAAAGAAGGAUUUGACUGAGUAUGAUCUGAGGUUGGGUUAGAUUCAUUUAGAAUGGGGUACUUGUGGUAAUUAUUAUGGAACCUAAAAAACUUGUUUGGUCAGGAUUUACCCAAUAAAUCUAAGACCUCCAAAAUCAAUUCAAAUUGAGAAAGAAGUUAUUACUACUAUAGAAAUUGACAUUGAAUUGGGAAUCUUAUUUGAUGUCCCUUAAAUUGAUUUGGCUAUUAAAUUAGAGGAAUUGGAGAUGAAGGCGAUUAAGAUUGUGGGAAUGAGUUAGAUGAAAUUAAACUAUCCCGCAGGUUUGAGAACAAGAAGAAUUAAGUUAGAUGUAGUAGCAUAUAACUGUGGUGUCCAUCAAAUAAAGGGGAUAAAGUUGUAUGAUCCAAAAACUAUGAAAAAUAUUGCAUAUAAAAAUUUUCUUUCAGCUUUUGUGGUAAAUAAACAGCAAAAUCAAAGAGUUUAAUAAUAAAUAAAUGCUUAAGAUGUAAACUUAUUGGAUUUAGAAAUGAAUUAACCGAUAAAAGUGGAGAAUUAGAAUUUGUUGGAUUUAAUGUGAUAAUUAAGAAUAUAAUUUAUAAUUUAUUUUCAUUUAGCACAAAACAUCAA